AUGAGCGAGAAAGUUGACGGUAAAGAGUCGCCCAAGAGUCCUUCUCUGCAGGAAUCUUUCCAGCACAACACCCCCGGGGACCUUUACCAUGGCGAACACAAGCUGAAGCGCCAGCUAAAGAAUCGCCAUAUUGCCAUGAUAUCGAUUGGCGGCGUAAUCGGCACUGGGCUUUUCCUUGGCAGCGCCAAUGCGUUGCGACACGGAGGUCCCGUUGGCUUGGUACAUUCUCCACGCUUACUUGGAUAUCUGGCUGUUGGCAGCAUCACCUAUUCUGUCAUGAUCUCUCUCGGGGAAAUGGUGGCCUACCUUCCCAUCCCGGGGGGUCAUAUCAAGCUUGCAGAGCGUUUCGUUGACCCGGCCUUGUCAUUUACUAUGGGAUGGAAUUACUGGUACAACUGGAUUAUUGUCUUGCCUGCAGAACUCAGCGCUGCCUCUGUUUUGAUCGGCUACUGGUCAGAUAUCAAUAGCGCGGCCUGGAUUACUAUUAUAAUGGUCGUUGUGAUUAUCAUUAACCUGUUUGGCGCCGCUGCAUACGGCGAAGCCGAGUUCAUAUUCGCCUCUAUUAAAGUCAUCACUAUAACGGGCUUGAUCAUCCUCGGAAUCGUGCUUGACCUCGGUGGAGGGCCGGACCACGAUCGCUUGGGUUUCCGAUUCUGGAAACAUCCAGGACCCUUUGUCCAAUAUGAUGGCAUUGCUGGUGCUAAGGGUCGAUUCCUCGGAUGGUGGGCUGUAAUGACGCAGGCCGCUUUCUCGUAUAUUGGUACCGAGAUUGUCGCGAUUGCUGCCGGUGAAGCCAAGAACCCCCGUCGCAAUCUUCCCAAAGCCAUCCGUCGGGUCUAUAUCCGUAUCCUCCUGUUCUACAUUGGCGGAGUCAUCAUCAUUGGCCUUCUGGUACCCUCCAAUGAUCCGGGCCUCAACCUGUCGUCUGGAACUGCAGCCAGCUCUCCUUUCGUCAUCGCUAUCAAACGUUCUGGUAUCAAGGCGCUUCCAUCGAUCAUCAACGCUUGCUUGUUGACUUCGGCCUGGAGUGCUGGAAGCAGUGAUCUUUACACCAGUUCUCGGGCUCUCUACGGUCUGGCUGCGUCUGGGAAUGCCCCCAAGAUUUUCUUGAAGACACUCCCUAAUGGGCUUCCCAUUGUCUCCAUCAUCUUCUGCUCCCUCUUCUCAACUCUGGCUUACAUGGGUGUCACGAGUGGUUCUGGUAAAGUUUUUGGAUGGUUCGCCAACAUGACGUCUAUCGCCGGAUUGAUGACAUGGUUUGGGAUCUCCCUAACCUACAUUCGGUUCUACAAGGGAAUGAAAGCGCAGGGAAUGGACCGAAGCAACUUGCCAUAUGCCAGUCGCUUGAAUCCUUAUGCGGCUUAUUAUGCCGCCGCAUUCUGCUUGAUCAUUGCAUUUUUCUCGGGAUGGGCCACUUUCCUCAAGGGCCAUUGGAGCCAGGCUGACUUUUGGACGAAUUAUAUUCCUCUAAUCAUAUUCCCUGUCCUUUACGGGAGCGCCAAAUUAUUCUACUGGAAGCGGGGCCAACCGCUCCCUUGGAAAGCUCCCCAGGAGAUGGACUUCGUAUCAGACCUUGCUGAAAUCGAGGCUGAUUGUUAUGACGAACCCCCGCCGAAAAACGCUGUUGAACGCUUCUGGGCGUGGCUGAUGUAA